UUGACCCUCAAGUAAGAAAAUUUCUUCUCAUACAGGUUAAUAUCCGGAUAGACCAAUCCAAGAUAUCAACAUGGAUAAGUUCCGUAUGAUGGCCCAGAUUCUCCAGUCUAACCAAGAGUCUUUUAUGAAUGGUAUUUGUGGCGUCAUGGCCCUGGCGAGUGCUCAGCUCUACACGUCUUUUGAAUUCAACUGUCCCUGUAUCCCUGAAUACAACUACUCGUAUGGGAUCAGUAUGCUAGUUAUUCCACCUAUAUGGUUCUUCCUUUUGGGUUUUGUACUAAACAACAAUGUCUCGAUGCUGGCGGAGGAGUGGAAACGGCCGGUGGGACAGCGGAGGAAGGACCCUGCAGUCAUGCGGUAUAUGUGUGUGUCCAUAUCCCAACGGUCGCUCAUCGCACCAGCCGUUUGGAUCUCAGUGACUCUAAUGGAUGGUAAAAGCUUCCUGUGUGCCUACAGUAUGGACCUGGACAUGUCUGAAUUGGGCAAGAAUGUAAGUGGACAUGGGCUGUCUCAGGAGGAACUCUUACGAACACUGGCCAAAAUACCAUGCAAGCAUAUAUAUGAUGGCCAGCACAUCCUAUCGAGAGAGGCCGCCACCAGAUACAUACGCUGUAUUUCACAAGCUUUUGGAUGGUUGUUCUUGUUGAUCAUCACAAUCGCUGCAUUUCUGAUCAGAGCCAUUCGUCCCUGCUUCACUCAGGCCGCCUUUCUCAAAACCAAAUACUGGUCCCACUACGUAGACACGGAGCGCAAGAUGUUUGAUGAGACUUGCACAGACCAUGCCAAAAGUUUCGCCAAGACCUGCAUCAAGCAAUACUUUGAGGGUAUUAGCGGUGAGAUUCAAAGCUUUCAUGAUCAUUCACGUGGAGAUGAUAGCGACGAUGAGGACGAUAAACCUGCUACAGAAGAAGACAAACUGAUGGGCGUUCGGCGUCAGGACACUAUGAAUAAGGUGCUGUGGGACUGGCACACAUGCAAACCUCCGCUGAGUCUGAGAAAGUCUGGAGAUGCUAGCACUGAACAAAAUGGCGAUUGUAGCAUGAAUGCUAAUAAAAAUCAAGACCAAAGUAUCUGUGAUAAAACUGAACUUAACAAGGGCCAAAAUGGCUUCAAAUGCGGUUAUGUGAAUCCUGGCCUUGAUAUUGGCCAAAGCGAUUUGGAUAAGGGAUAUGAGAAUGCUAGCUUUAGCAUAGAACAAAAUGGUUUUACGAAUAGACGUAGCAAUGCUAGCACAAGCUUAAAUGGAUUGAUGAAUGGUGGUGUCUCUUCUCCAAGCAAUACUCAAAGGAAAGCAUGGGCAGUGUAUUAUAGCAAGGUUUGA